AUGCCCAAAAGAAAGGCCGAAGGGGAUACUAAAGGGGAUAAAGUCAAGGUGAAGGACAAGCCGCAGAGAAGACCUGCAAGGUUGUCUGCUAAACCUGCUCCUCCAGAGCCGGAGCCCAAGCCUAAGACGGGAGAGAAGGUACCCAAAGGGAAGAAGGGGAAAGCUGAUGCCGGUAAAGAUGCGAAUAAUCCCACGGAAAAUGGAGACGCCAAGGCAGAUCAGGCACAGAAAGCCGGAGGUGCUGGAGAUGCCAACUGA